GCCGCGACAGUCCAUGAGGGGUCUACUCUUAUAUUAUGUCUAUGGGAUCUAAGCGUCCAAACAGGAAGUUUCACAAGUUACAGCUACGCGGCUGCUGAGAAAGAACCGCUGCGUAACAUGAAGCCAUGGAGGAGCGGAAGCUAAAGCGCAAGAGUCCCCGGACCUCCACCAACCCAGCGGCACAGAGCGGAGGCUCAGGCCGGAAAAGCAGCUCUUCCUCCUGGGGAAGGCAUGUCGGCUACAGCCACAACACGGGGAGCAUGUUGGGCCAAAAAAAUAGGAGCAGGAGGGGAGUGAGAGAUAAAGUGAGAUAUCCACAAGGUUUGGGAGGUAAACGUAAUAAGAACCAGAAUCAGGCCGCGCCUAUCAUUCAGCACUCCUUCCUAACUGAUGUGUCAGAUGUGCAGGAGAUGGAAAACGGUCUGCUCAGCCUCCUCAACGACUUUCACUCUGGGAAACUGCAGGCCUUUGGCAAUGAGUGCUCCAUUGAUCAGAUGGAGCACGUCAGAGAGAUGCAGGAGAAGCUGGCACGCAUGCACUUUGACCUUUAUGGUGAGGUUGACGAAAUGCCUGAGGAUCAGCGAAAAAUGGCCUCUGACACCAACAUGGAUAAGCUACUUCUUAAUGACAAUGACCCCAAACACACCUCCAGGCUGUGUAAGGGCUAUUUGACCAAGAAGGAGAGUGAUAGGGUGCUGCACCAGAUGACCUGGCCUCCACAAUCACCGGAACUGAACCCAAUCAGGAUGGUUUGGGGUGAGCUGGACCGCAGAGUGAAAGCAAAAGGGCAAACUAGUACCUCUUGAAGCUCAUCAAGAGAA